AUGGCGGAUGACAAGGAUUCUCUGCCUAAGCUUAAGGACCUGGCAUUUCUCAAGAACCAGUUGGAACGCCUGCAGCAGCGUGUGGAAGACGAAGUCAACAGUGGUGUGGGCCAGGAUGGCUCGCUCUUGUCCUCCCCAUUCCUCAAGGGCUUCUUAGCCGGCUAUGUGGUGGCCAAACUGAGGGCAUCAGCAGUAUUGGGCUUUGCUGUGGGUACCUGCACUGGCAUCUACGCAGCUCAGGCAUAUGCUGUGCCCAAUGUGGAGAAGACGUUGAGGGACUAUCUUCGGUCAUUGCGCAAGGGGCCCGACUAG